CUUGAAAGCUGUAGAAUUUAGGUGGGUCUUGAUGGAUGCUUGUUACUGUCAUUUUCCAUCUCACAUUCUUACCCAAGUCCAAACUUUGUUGAUUCCAUUGUUGGACGCAGUUGAAAUUCGUACAUGACUUUCAUUGAACUCCUCUUCGCAUCCGCUUCUCUCGAAAGGACGGCGCUUUCAUCAACAUCAGUGGAAAUGGCAGGGAAACUCAUGCGUGCGGUUCAGUACGAUAGCUAUGGUGGAGGACCCGCUGGUUUAAAGCAUGUUGAAGUUCCAGUUCCCACGCCAAAUAAAGAGGAGGUUUUGCUAAAGCUGGAAGCCACUAGUCUGAAUCCUGUUGAUUGGAAAACACAGAAAGGAAUGUUACGGCCUCUUCUUCCUCGUAGAUUUCCUUUUAUACCUGCUACCGAUGUGGCAGGAGAAGUUGUCGAGGUAGGACCAGCAGUAAAAGAUUUUAAAGUUGGUGACAAAGUUGUGGCUCUGCUAAGCCAUUUGACUGGAGGUGGCCUUGCCGAAUUUGCUGCUGCUAAGAAAAGCUUAACCGUAGCAAGACCCCCAGAAGUUUCAGCAGCUGAUGGUGCAAGUUUACCGGUUGCUGGUCUUACCGCUCAUCAAGUUCUCACAAAAUCUGCUGGCGUCAACCUUGAUGGAAGUGGCAAGCAGGUAAACCUUCUGAUAACUGCUGCUUCAGGAGGAGUGGGUCACUACGCUGUUCAGCUGGCAAAGCUUGGAAACACACACGUGACAGCCACUUGUGGGUCUCGCAACAUUGAAUUGGUAAAGAGCUUGGGAGCUGAUGAGGUUUUGGACUAUAAAACUCCGGAAGGGGCAGCUUUAAAGAGCCCAUCUGGUCGGAAAUAUGAUGCGGUUAUCCACUGUGCAACUGGCAUUCCAUGGUCUACCUUUGAGCCUAAUUUGAGUGAUAACGGCAAGGUAAUAGAUAUUACUCCUGGGCCAAGUGCCAUGCUUACUUUUGCUCUGAAGAAAGUUACCUUCUCCAAAAAGCAACUUGUGCCCCUUCUCAUGAUUCCGAAAAAAGAGAACCUAGAGUAUCUAGUUAACUUGGUGAAGGAGGGGAAGCUUAAGACUGUCAUUGACUCAAAGCAUCACCUGAGCAAGGCUGAAGAUGCCUGGGCGAAGAGUAUCGAUGGUCAUGCUACCGGAAAGAUUAUCGUGGAGCCUUAGAUUCACAUAUAUUGUGAUUGUGAUUACCAUUCCUGAGGCCAGUUAAACUUCUGAGGGCUGUCCGUGUCUCGUGUAAAACAAGAUACCAUGUAGAAUAAAGGUAAGCUUUGUGUUUUUUAGAUAUAUUCAUAGUUGAAUUAUAUGCUAAAUAGACAUAGACAUAGUUCUUCCUUUUUUUUUUCUUGUAAGAUAUGCGAGUAUAUGCUACUUACAUGUCUUGUUAUCAUAUUUGUAAGUGAAUGAUGUUUUACUAGUUCAGAGCUCAAGCCUCAGCACCAAAA